AUGGCAAAGGGAACGAGUGGUGGAGGACAAUGGCUGGGAGCGAGUGGUGGCGGCGGCGACAUUGAAGGGUCUCAACUUUAUUGUGAAUCUUUUUUCAUCUUUUGUGUCUUGAUUCUCAGCAGAGUUACACUUCUGCUGAAAUUAUGGUGCCUUUUGGGAGAGCACAUUGAAGGAGGACAGAACAAGAACUGGAAAAGCUGCCGGGAUCAAAUUCAACUACUUGUGUCAUCUGCUACAUUUUACCAAAUGAAACUUCUGUUUCUUGUGGCAGCUGUUGCAAAUCUCUUUCUGUUAUUACCGAAUUUUCAACAGAUUGUUGCUGAUCUUGAUUCAGACAGGAGGGCUCUACUUGAUUUUGCUGAUGCUGUCCCACAUCUCCGAAAGCUCAACUGGAAUACUGACAUUUCUAUAUGCUCUUCUUGGGUUGGCAUAAUUUGCAACAAGGAUGGAACUAGAGUGCGUGAAAUCCAUCUUCCCGGGAUUGGGCUCUAUGGGACGUUACCGGCGAAAGCCAUUGGAAAACUCGAUGAUCUUAGGGUCCUUAGCCUUCGAUCCAACCAUCUCAUUGGAGGUCUUCCUUCUGAUAUCCUAUCCAUUCCUUCCCUCCAAUCCAUCUACCUUCAACACAAUAACUUCUCUGGUGAUGUCCCUCCUACCCUCUCUCCUCGACUUAGUGUAGUUGACCUGUCCUUCAACUCUUUCACGGGGUCAGUUCCAUUGACGGUUAAGAACUUGAAGAGAUUAUCUACGUUAAAUCUCCAGUUCAAUUCCUUCUCCGGAGGUGUCCCCAAUCUUGACCUCCCAAGGCUUAAGAGUUUGAAUUUGAGCCAUAACAUGCUAAAUGGCUCAAUUCCAUAUUCCCUACAGAAGUUUCCGAUUUCUUCCUUCAUAGGAAACUCUCAUUUAUGUGGUCCACCACUGACUUCUUGCUCUCCAUUAUCUCCAUCCCCUUCCCCUUCGAUUGACAAAUUUUCUCCUACAAUUUCUGGAAUACAUAAUGCUUCUCACCCGAAAAAACUUAAUUCAAGAGCUAUCAUUUCUAUUGUGAUUGGUGGCUGUUCAAUAUUACUUCUUCUAAUUUUGGUGAUCUUGUUCUUCUGUCGGAAGAAGAAAGAUGGGGGCAUUAGUGUGACAAAAGCUAAGGCCUCUAGUGGUGGAAAGAACGAAAAUUUGAAGUCCGAAGAUUUUGGUAGUGGAGUACAAGGAGCCGAGAAGAACAAGCUCGUAUUCUUUGAAGGGUGCUCUUACAGCUUUGAUCUCGAAGAUUUGUUAAGGGCAUCAGCUGAAGUACUUGGGAAGGGUAGUUAUGGUACAGCAUAUAAGGCUGUUCUAGACGAGGCAACUGUAGUAGUGGUGAAACGUCUAAGGGAAGUUGAUGUUGGAAAGAAGGAAUUUGAACAGCAAAUGGAGAUUGUGGAUAGAAUUGGUCGGCACCCUAACAUUGUGCCAGUUCGUGCUUAUUAUUAUUCCAAAGAUGAAAAGCUUCUCGUCUGGGAAUACAUACCUGCUGGUAGUUUGUCUGCAGCCUUGCACGGUAACAGAGGCACUGGAAGAACUCCAUUAGAUUGGGACUCCAGGCUGAAGAUUUCGCUUGGAGCAGCAAAGGGAAUUGCCUAUAUCCAUUCUGAAGGUGGUGCUAAAUUCACUCACGGCAACAUAAAGUCCUCAAAUAUACUCCUCAACCCAGAUCUUGAUGGCCGCAUUUCUGAUUUCGGCUUAAGCCCUCUGAUGAAUUCUUAUACUAUCAAAUACCGUGGUGCUGGUUAUCGAGCUCCAGAAGUGAUUGAAACUCGAAAAGUCACUCAAAAUUCUGAUGUCUACAGCUUUGGAGUAGUCUUACUUGAGAUGCUCACAGGCAAAUCCCCUAUUCAAUCUUCAGGCUACAAUGAUGUUGUUGAUCUACCUAGGUGGGUGAGGUCUGUUGUUCGAGAGGAAUGGACAGCUGAAGUUUUUGAUGUGGAGCUGACCAAGUAUCCAAACAUUGAAGAAGAGUUGGUGCAAAUGCUUCAGAUUGCUCUUGCGUGCGUGGUAGAAGUACCAGAUAUGCGACCAAAUAUGGAAGAUGUAGUUAGAAUGAUUGAGGAUAUUCGACAAUCUGAACUUGAGAACAGACCGUCGUCUGAGGACAAUAUGUCGAAGGAAUCCAAUGUGCAAACACCAGAAUAA